GGAAAAUAAAAUAUUAUUUUGAUGUUUACCUUUUUUAACAGAUACACUUAAUGAAGAUAGUGGUGGGACUUUUUAAUUAAUUAGUGUUUUUGAAAAAGUGAUGUUUUUCUGUAUUUGCGGAAAAUAGUUAUGAUUUCAGUUGGCUUUGAAUUCGGUAUUAAAUAUUUGGUGCAGAAGGGGUGAUAUGUCUAAACACGUUCAAAAGGUCGUCGAUUAUCAAGAUGAGGCGAUUAAUAGAGCAUUCAUAGACUGCGUUGCCGCUUAUGGGCCCAAUCUUCGCAGCAAUGUCCCAAUUACAAAUUCACGAACAAACCAACUAAUGUGCCCCCCAUAUUUCGAUACUCUGUAUUGUUGGCCACCACAGUUGGCCAAUACAACUUCUUCAGUGGCUUGUCCCUCAUACAUUUUGGGAUUUUUACCGACCAAUAAAGCUACAAGACGUUGCGAGGAAAAUGGAGAGUGGUUUACAAGGAAUGGAAACCCUUAUACAAAUUACUCGGAGUGCUCAGUUAAUAAAACUAUCACGAUCUAUACUAGUUUGAAUAGUGAAGAUUAUAUUACAAAUGCUGAUCAAGGAUCUGUGUAUUUGAUAAAAAUUUUGAGCGAAACCGGUUAUGCGGUGUCGUUGGUAUCACUAAUAAUAGCAUUCACUAUAAUGUUUAAGAUAAAAAAGCUACACUGUGCAAGAAACAUUUUACACAUGAACCUAUUUGCAUCCUUUAUCUUAAGGUCUUUUAUGCAUAUUUUGAAAGAUGCUCUUUUUGAAGAUGGGCUAGGUCUUUCUAAGGACUUAAUGGCACAUAAUGGUACAACUUUUUUUCAUGUGGAUGCAACUAUGAAAAACUUUGAGUGCAAGCUUAUAGUAAGCUUAGUCCAAUAUUUCUCUGCAGCAAAUCAUUCAUGGAUUCUAAUGGAAGGCGUCUAUCUUAAUAACCUUAUACUUAGAGCUUUAUUUACUGACUCUAAUAGGAACUUGGCCUAUUAUAUUAUUUUUGGAUGGGGUUUGCCCCUUUUGGUAGUGGUUCCGUGGGUAGUUGCAAGAAUUUUGGUAGAAGAUACCUUUUGUUGGACCACAAACGAUAAUUUUAAGGUUUUUGCUAUUAUACUGGUUCCUAGCUUCACUUCUGUUUUGAUCAAUCUGGUUCUUUUCAUAAUAAUAUCCGUCGUUCUAUAUAAGAAGCUUAAGUCACCUGUAAAUGAAGACUCAAGGAGGUAUCUUAAGUGGGCCAAGUCAACGCUUGUGUUAGUCCCACUUUUUGGAGUUAACUAUGCAUUCUUUUUGAUUUUUUACUUUCUGGGACAAAAAUUGAUUUGGAUGCUUUGUGACAUGCUUUUCGGAAGUUUUCAAGGAUUUUUCGUCGCUAUACUAUACUGUUUUAUGAACGGAGAAGUAAAAGCAGAACUAAAACCAUAUGUCACAAGUACUUUGACAUUUUUAGCCACUAAUAAUGUUACCAAGUAUUGUUUUCCUGGAAGAGAAAAAUAUUUGAGAUCAGCCGACGGUCGACAGUCAGUGUGCACGACGAUGUCGUGUAGCUCCCUCUAUAAUAAUGGAUUGAACCCAAAUCGGGAGGGUCGCACAUCUAAGACAAAGUGUGACCAAUUAAUGAUGUGUUCAGCUAAGGUCAAACUUACUUCCAAGCAAACUGAUCAUCCUAAAGAGAAUCAGCAACUGCACUGCUAUACUUCAUGGAAACCAUCAAACGGUACUAAUGGUCAUUACGUGCCAAAUCUGACGUUUAUCCAUGGAAGGUACCCUAUCAUCAUGACCACCAAUGUGGAUUCAUCACCUGUGGAAGACAUGAGAGUUCACCAUCAUUCCCAAACUUUACCUACCUGUGAGGAGGAAAUGGCCAUGUUGGAAGAAACAAACAUUAUUGAAGAAAAGUUAAAAGACUAAAAAUCAGUGAAAUUCCUAAAAACUUUUAUAUAUUGUAUUUAAAGAAAAAGUUAUUCUUAUAAGUCAAGAUAUUAGGAAGUUACUACAUGUUAUGAUAGGUUUGUUGGGAUACUUCUUUCUGCUGCUUUCUGACGUGCACGUGAGUGUUCCGGCAAACCUGCCCUCAUUAUUAAUUUUAUAUUCCAAUGAUCAUUUAAAAAAAGCACAUCAUAUGGAUAUAAGGAUAAUCCGAAGUCUAUCUAAAAUUAGUUUUAAUUUCUAGAUACACAUUUGUAAUCACUAUGUGAUAGUAGCUAAUAUGCACAAAUUUACAAAUAAAUAUAUUUUAUUAAGACACUUAAAAGAUAUUUAUGAAUGAUUCUCAUAAUUACAAGUUUGAUAUGUCUCUAAAGUCUUUGUGCUAAAUUUUAAUCUGUAGGAAUUUGUAAAUAUACGUAUUACUUAAGCUUUUACUAAAAAAGCAUUUGAAGGAGUGCAGACUUACUAUUGUACCUAUUUUUAUUAUAUAUUAACACAAUUAUUCAUGCAGUAUAUAGUUUUAAAGUUAAAA